GGAAAGUUCUUUCUCGAUAUUCUUCUAUUUUGGAAUCAAAAAUUGAUCAAGAUAAAGUGCAGUAGGUCGCCGCCAGAUAUCAUUAGCAAUGAACACUGUUGAUGACAUACCGGAAGACAAUGGUUUUACAAGAAAUCGCUGGUUGAAAACUUCUUGUCGACAUUAACUUCGCUGUAUGCGCAUUGAAAACCACUUUUCGUUCGAGAGAAGGGAAAGACAAAUCUUGACACAGCCUGAAAUCAUGGCCACGGAGAACAAGAGCCUUGUAAAAACAGAGCAAAACGCUCAUCUCUGCAGCGGCUGCAAAAUGCCAAUUACAGAUCGCUACUUGUUGGAAGCUUUGGGACUUUAUUGGCACGAAGGUUGUUUAAAAUGCAACUGCUGUGAGUGCAAACUUGGUGAUAUUGGAUCGACGCUUUACAAUAAAGCGAACCUCAUUCUCUGCAAGAGAGACUAUUUAAGGUUGUUUGGUGUCCCCGGUGUGUGCGCUGCAUGUAACAAGCCAAUAGCAGCCUUCGAAUUUGUAAUGAGGGCCGCGAAAAACGCAUAUCACAUCGAGUGCUUCUCCUGUCAGAUUUGCAGACAGAGGUUCAGAGUUGGAGAAAACUUCCAUUUUUACAACAACAAAGUCCUUUGCUGGGAUCACUACCGAAUGGAGAAAGAGGAAGAAAGUAUUGCAGAAAAUACAGCAUAAGAAACAAGAGUUGGGCAAGGGAGUUUUCCUUGCUUUAAGCAGUUACAGCACAGUUUUUCGAACGAUUUUGUUAUAUGAAGAAAAUUCAGUGUACAUAGAAGAAGACUAAAAAAUAAUCCUUGUAAAUAAACACCUAAGAGGUGAGAAUAUACCAAAAAAGAUGAUAAACAAUGAUUGCGAAGAUCGGGGAAGAUUGAAAAUAAUUAACUUCAAACAUUUAAGCUAAUUAUUUCGAAAUUGAAAAAAUAUGAUGUAGCGUCUUUAAUCUUAAAAUUAAAAGACAAUGAUAAAAAUAGUUUCAAUGCCUCGAUAGGCGUUCUCGUGCUGGCUUAAACCAGAAAGUUUUUAUUAGUCCAUAAAGAAAAAGUGUUAAACCACAAAAAAUGUAUUUGCAGGUUUGAGCUGAUGAGGACAAUGUCGCGAAAAUGAGCUCAAAAUUACGCGCUAAAAACCCGCUUCGGUGUUUGUAUAGAUAUUUCAGAAAGACAAAUGGAAAUAAUUUCGAAUAGGGUAAUAACGAAAAGUGAUGAUAACACGAUAAUCAAAGAAAGAGUAUUUAUCCACAGAUUAGAGACAA